UGUAUAAAUAGUAAAUUAAAGCUAUUAAAAAACUAGUUCCACAAUUUUAAAAAAUAGUUGGAUAUGUCAUAUGUGGAUUCGUACUUAUUGCUUAGUUUUAUUUCAUCAGUUUAAUUGCUUACUAAUGUUCAAUGUAGGUAUUAUUAAUUAUUAUGGUUUUUCCAAUGCCACGUUAUUUAUACUUAUCUGUGGCCUUAUUAGUUAUUAUAAAGUUAUAACGAUAUCUGAGUGAGUAGGGAUUACUGAUUAGGAAAAUGGAUACCUAAUGUCCUAAUGUCAUAAGAGGCUAUAUAGAGGCUAAUAUGCAAUAGCCAUUGGGUGAUACGUAACGUAUUGCUAUUUGCGACGUGCGACUUGCCGUAGAGGUUGAUCAUUCUGUAAUUCUAAAAUCUAAAAUCUGUAUAUUAUAUAAGAAAAUUAAAAUUGUAGUUAAGUAUAACUGUAUAAGAAGAUAUAUUUUAAGGUUUUAUAUAUUUUUUGUCCAACUGUGCCUUUCUAAUUAUUGGUUAUUAGUAUCGAGUAUUCAUUAAUCACUAUUCAAUGUGUAUGAACUUCAAAAUCUUAUGUUAUUUUUCUUAGAUAGCUUCCACAUUUCUACAUUAUAUCAUAUACUCAUUGUGAAGAAAUUCAAUCAUUUUAACUGCAUGGCUGCAUUGUUGUAUUAUUUGUACUUUUUUCUGUAAGAUAUCAGAAAUUUAUACCAAAAUUGUUACAGAAUAUGUAAAAAGUGAAGAUUUUGUGAUAAUAGAAUACGUUUAGUCAAAGGUUGAACUUGAAUUCCGGUAUUAAUAUUCAGACAAAGAAUUCAAAUAGUAUACUCAAAUAUUAAGUUAAAAAGUAUAAAAAAUUAAUUUUUUAUUUGGAGUGCUAUUGAAAAAGACACAUUUACGACCAGAUUGACAGUGUGAACUGACUAUGGAUUCACUUAUACGAAUUGUAAAUAAACUUCAGGAUGUUUUUUCUGUGUUUGGUGAACAGCAACUUACUGAUUUACCUCAGAUUGUCAAUUUACCACAAAUUGUGGUAGUGGGAACUCAAAGCUCUGGAAAAAGUUCAGUUCUGGAAAGCCUUGUUGGAAAAUCAUUUUUACCUCGAGGAACUGGUGUAGUUACUAGAGCACCAUUAGUUAUACAGAUGAUUAGAUACACUGCAGAAACUAGAAAUUGCAUGUUGAAAUCAAAUAACAUUAAAGAUAGUGAAAACAUAACAGAAUGGGUAGAGUUUCUUCACAAGCCAAAUUUAUUUUAUUUUGACUUUGAUAUGGUGCGCAAUGAAAUUGAAUGUGAAACAAACAAUCUUGCAGGAAAUAAUAAGGGCAUCACUAACAAUCAAAUUGUAUUGAGAAUUCAUACUAAUCGCUAUGAUCUGACUUUUGUCGACUUGCCAGGUAUAACAAAAGUGGCGGUUGGAGACCAACCUGACGAUAUAGACGAACAAAUACAGAAAUUGAUUAUUUCCUAUGCAAAGCAGUCAAAUUCUAUUAUUUUAGCAGUAGUGACUGCGAAUACGGAUCCGUCAACGAGUGAAAGCCUGCAAAUAGCAAAGAAGUUGGAUCCAGAAGGCAUGAGAACUAUAGCUGUAGUCACAAAAUUGGAUCUAAUUGAUGAUGGAACACUACAAGACACUAAGGAUUUACUGUGCGGUCACAGAAUCCCAGUGAAACUAGGUAUCAUCGGAGUUGUUAACAGAAGUCAAAAAGACAUUGUUGAAAAUAAAUCAAUGGACGCUACGCUAGUGUCAGAAACUGAAUUUCUAAAAACAAACUAUCCAGAUAUAUGUACUAAACAUGGCAAUAAAGCAUUAGCUCAUACAUUGCAGAUGGUUUUGAUAACGCAUAUUAAAAAAGUAUAUCCAAAACUUAAAAUUGAACUCGAAGAAAUGAAACAUAAAUUGGGAAAAAAACUUUUGGUACUACAUACACCAGAUAACAAAAUAUCGUUUUUAAUAGGGCUUUUAAAAGAUAUUAGCAGAUCUUAUGAAGACACUAUAAAUGGCAAUCAAAACGAUGUUUCGGUUGACAAAAUUAUCGGUGGUGCUAGUAUUGCUAGAAUAAUCCAACAAAAAUAUUUAAAGACAAUAAAUGCCAUUGACCCGUUACAGGAUCUAUCAAACGAAAAUAUUGCUAAAGUAUUAUUAAAUACAUCAGGUACUAACCAAAGUACUUUUGUCAACGAAAAAGCAUUGCAAAAAAUUUUAAGCCGGCAAUUAAAUAACUUAAUUGAGCCCUCACUGGAUUGUGUAGAAUUGGUCCGCAGUGAGAUGUUAAACAUAUUGAAUUCCAUUGAUGUCAGAUUGUUGGACACACUUAGGCGAUACCCUCAACUCAAUGAAGAUGUGCAAAAGGUUUUUGAAAAGUUGCUGGAAGAAAAUGUGAAUAACAUCAAAGAAUUUAUUGCAUCAUACAUAGAAUCUUAUCAGGAAUGUUUGAACACAGCAAAUCCAGAUUUUAUACUGGAAAUAGUAAAAUCGAAUAAUACAAUUCAAGAAGAAAUUCUUGCUGCUGCAAAUAUAAGUAAUUGCGUUAAUGAAGAUCCAACAGAUAAUCAUUCAACACAGCAUUGUUUUACAUUCGGAAAGCCAAUUCCCCAGGCAAUUGCUCAACCAAUUCCUGACAAAAUGGCCCAACUCAAAAAAAUAGAAAUUAAUAGAAUACAAAUGUUGAAUCAAUUGUUAUCAGGUCUUAACAAUCAGGAAGUAACUUUGGAAUCGUCUGAACAGGUAAAAUUACAUAGAGAUUUAAGUCUAUGUUAUUUUGAGUACAUCAGGAAAAUUGUACGGGACUUUGUGCCUAAAAGAAUUAAACAUAAAAUGAUAAAUUCGUUUUUGAAAGUCCUUGAUAAGCGCUUAAAUGAAGAAAUUUUCCAAACAUAUUUAAUUGAAAAGAAAAUUGAUGAGGUACUUUUAGAAGAUGAAACUUUUACAAAAGAUAGAAAUAAUGUUGAAACCAAAUUGGAUGCAGUAAGAAAAGCUUUAAAAAAUAUGGUUGAUAUUCAGUAUUUUUAAUUUAUUCUUUCAAAAUAUAAAUUUUUCAAAAAAAUACAUUAUCAUAAUAUAAUG